AUGCCUUUCAAGAAGUUCAUCCUUCCAGUUUAUCUGGGACCUGCGUCAUCAUUUUCCGAGUCCUCUCCAAAAUUCUCAGAAGCCACGUCGGAGAAGGGGAAAGUAGAAGGCGGCGCAGUGUACCUCGAUUUAACGCUCGAACAGCUGGAGAAGAUGCAGAUGUUGGCGUUGCAGUCGUCGGAGUUGGCAGAGAAGGCGGACAAAGAGAUCAGGAGGCUCCGGAUGACUUAUGACAUUCUUUUAAAUCGACGAGAUGCACUAAGAAGUACCCCACAACGUCGCAGUAUCAUGGACAUGUUUGCAGCGCGGCGCGACAAAAACAAGUUUUAUGCGGAAGCGCAAGGGCUGUAUAAACUCAGCGCGAAAAAGUCAAAUGAGUACUGGGGCAUUUUCAGGAUUGCGGAGAAAGAUACGAAAGACGUAAACAUGUCGGACAACGGAGUUACGGCUGACACGCCUGUCGUUGGGAUCCAAAUUAUCCAAGAGGAUUCAGGAGAAGAGACUUCUGCAAGAGACGCCAUCCUACUUCACGACGCUGCCAGAUUCUUUGCAGAGCCUGAGACACCCAUAGCGACAGGCCUAGGUGACGACAGCCAGAUCACCGAGGGCAACCACGCCGUCGACGACUCGAACAAACCACUUCGAAAAGAGACUGACCAAGCCAGUAUCAGGACAAUUCGACAAAGUGAUGUCGUAUCACAUCAACCGCAUUCGGUCUCCUCACCUCCUUCACCUGCUGCCUCCUCGCGAGCCGAAGUUCUCUCUCCUCAGCCGAGUCGUGCCGGAUCUGGAUCUCCGACUCACGUAACAAACAACUAUCACAACUAUAUCAGCUACGUUCUACCUUCAGACUAUGAGACGGCAACAGAUGUCCCGUAUAGAUAUACGCCCUCUCCGACACCGAGCAUUAUCAAUAGCCUGAGCGGCGACGGGAAUGUAGCAGCCUGCAGUGGCAUGCCUUUCGGUGGUGGCGUCGCGACGGGAGAUUACAAUACCACUCAGUUCGGCGGCGUUAACAAUAGAGGAAGCGUUCGCAGCUAUCCUUCCCCUCAUGCUUAG